AUGGAGUCUGCUCCUUUGACUCUGGCGCACGAUCAUGCCCGAGCUGCCUCUGUUGCAACCCAGAGCGCUGAUACCACGGUCGCAAUCAACGAACAUGCGUUAGCCGCAGGGGAGUUUUCAAAGGCGGCAUCUGGGACAGGAAGCGUUGAAGCAUUACGGACAUUGAGACUCUUGGAGCAGCAUCACCAAAGGCUGUCAGAGCUGUUGCGUUAUCCAUCCGAUAAUCCUCCCUCGACCACAUCCGGCGAACCGGAAGUUCUGGCACACGCAGAGAAGCCACUCUCUACAUCAGCAGCUGUCGCAGAGCUACGGGCCUCGAAAUCUGAUAUUGGCCCUCGAUCCUCUUCGCCGUUCAAGAAUCCACCAAGCCUUCAACAUCCGCGACGUCUACCUCCCCGGGAUCUAAGCUCCUCGAUCGCAAGUAAUCUAGCAUCCGCAAGGGGCAUACGCGCAAACUAUACUCGCCAACCGCUAUCCCCUAGCAUCUCGACCCACCAGGCUCCUGGAAAUCUAGAAGCCCAUCCACGCAGAGAUGGAAAACGAUCUAAAGCCCCAGGCAGUAUUCCUGAGCAUUCCACGUCCCAGCCAAGCUGGGUGCCACCCCCACAAUCCUCACCCCAGAAAGCAGAGGCCCAGAGUACAACAUCUCAACCGCCUGUUGUAGAUGAGGGGUUCUCAAGAUUCUACAACACUUUCGAGAAUAUCCUUACGAAGCUCUCUGCCCCUCUGGCAUUUGCUGGAUUACCCCUAAUCUCUGAGGAAGCUACGCCUGAUGAUGUGCCCGAACCCGUUUCACCCCUGAAGAGGCGCUCGACACCCAUCAAGGACAGGUCCCGGCCAGAGCCGGAUCUCUCGAAGUAUAUCUCUCGCGCGGCUCUCAGAGCUUCCACCCGCGAUGGCCAAUCUGCGAACGAUUCAUUUUACGUGGUUCCGACUGCCGGCCACACAGUAUCAUACGCACAGAUCCUAUCGUUCGACCAAAAGGAAAGGCGGCGGAUGGCGGCUUCUAUGCACAGCGAAAAUCCCGAUCUUUUCGAGGAUCCAAAUGAAGAGGACGAUUUUGUUGAUGCGAGGGAGACACCUAUGCCUCGCUCACCUACCGCAAGCAAAAGGGGAGCCAGCAAGAAGCCGAGCGCCAAGGGUUUGGAGAACAGAGUUGAAGAGCUAGACAUGGAGAACCGAAGCUUGAAGGACUGCGUCGAUAAGCUAAGCAAACGACUCAGCGCAUUUGAGCUGGGAGCACAAAAGAGUAGUAUGGCAUUGCAAGAGAGCAUGAGGCUGAUGCGCUCUGUAAGUCCUGCUAGGGAUCAUAAUGUUUCCGCGACACCCAGCGUUGCGGACGAAGCUUUGAAGCGGAGAGUUUCGGAGUUGGAAGAGCAUGUACUAUUGGGCAGUAAGGAGAUUGAGGGGUUGGGGAGGGAGAAUGAGAAAUUGAAAGCUGUCAUUGCAAGAUAUCGGGACAGAUGGGAGAAGUUAAAGGAGGGCGCGAAGACCCGGCGAGAGGGUGUGUCCGGAAAGGAGUCGCCGGCUAAGAAGGGUGCCGAUCUAGGUACUGGUGGGUCUAUUAUUGGAUAA